CAUCUGAAGAUGUUGAAGAAACCCUGUCUUUAUCAGAAAGCAGGAGCUAUCCAUUAAUAGAAAUAAAACAGUACAUUGAUGUUCAGAAUAAAGAACUAAAGAAGGAAAUCGCAAACAUCACAAAAGAAGUCGCAGGCUGUAAAAAUUACAUUGAAACCGAACAAGAAGCCAAAAUAGGUUUGAUCUCAGAGGAAUUAAAAAGCUGUGUAGAAAAAGUACACACGAUUCAGAUCUCAACAGAGAGCUCAAGAAAAACCUCACAGAGUAUGUCUAGAAAAGUUGAAGAAAUGAAAUCACAGCAGUCCCAACAGAGAACUGAGUUAGAAAAUUUAACCAGUGAUGUCAUGGCCCAUUACAGAGAGCUGAAAGCCAUUGAAACUCAGACCACCUCCAUGGAUACAAAGAUGCUGAAAAUGUCUAAUGAAAUGUUGACUAUUUCCAAGACUUUAAAAGUCAUAGAAGAACAACCAGGAAAGCAUGUGAUAGCAUUUAUUGCUAGCUGUAUCUACAACCUAAAGGAGCCUUCUGUAUUCUCUCCCUUCACCAACUUCACUAGCAUCUCCGGCAAUGAGUCUGGCCAUUUUGACCCCCAAAAAGGUGUUUUCACUGUCCCGGUGGAUGGCAUGUACCUGGUCUGCGUGUCCCUGGCGCUGGUCUCACCCAGGGGGUCGCUGAGAGUUAUCGUAGUCCGUAACAUAGGGGAUGAGGAGUCUCUGGAAAUCUGCAGUGUUGGGUUAGAUGAGUCCCAGAAAGAAAACUCCAGUACUCUUCUUAGUAAGCUCAAGAUGGGAGACAACCUGCACAUCAUUCUCCGUGAGAGUUCUGGAUACACACAGUUUGAGGCUGAAGUCAACUUUGCUUGUGCCCAUUUAAGAUAAAAAUAUUUUUUCUGUUUGCUUUAUCAAUAAUGACAAUCUUUUACAAUUUAUUUGCUAAUUGAUACAUUGAGAUCUAUUCAUAUGAGUAACUAUUAACUGGGUCAGCUGUGUUUUUAUUUUGCAUCUUGGUUUCAAAAUGUGUGAUCAUAUCUUGAACCAAUAUUACACAAUGAUUCCCUUCCUACAAAAGCUUCAAUUAAUAAUAAUAUAAAAAUGAAAUGGAAUCCAUAAUAUAUUUAUAGACUCUCUGGGAAAGUUUUUAAAAAUGGGAUUUAAAACAGUCUGAUUCUAUAAAUAUAGAUAUUUUAUGUUUGUCUAUAUUCACCUAUUUUAAGUUAGGCUGAAGUCAACUUUGCUUGUGCCCAUUUAAGAUAAAAAUAAAAAGAUUUUUUUUACAAUUUAUUUGCUAAUUGAUACAUUGAGAUCUAUUCAUGUGAGUAACUAUUAACUGGGUCAGCUGUUUUUUUUUUGUUUCUAUAAAUAUAGAUAUUUUAUGCUUGUAUAUAUUCACUUAUUUUAAGUUAGGCUGAAGUCAACUUUGCUUGUUUCCACUUAAGAUAAAAAAUGUUUUUUUUUACAAUUUAUUUGCUAAUUGAUACACUGAGAUCUAUUCAUAUGAGUAACUAUUAACUGUGUCAGGUGUUUUUUGAGUCUAAUUUAGAGUGCAAGUCCAGACAGUGCAUUCUUUUGACAUUGCAUUUUUUUUAGAACAGAAAGAUGUGUUCCAAUAUGUACUAAUGUACAUGCAACUAUGAAAUUUUGUAACCUCCUUACUUUUAGUUGUUACUUAAUUUACCUAUUUGAGAUGGCAAAUGGCAGACUAAACAACUGAUAACCCAAAAGUCUUUGAAUCCGGGUUCAAAUCUCAAGAAUGUCCCUGAGUCCACCCAGUGAUGGGUACCUGACUCACGGUAUGGAAAGUAAAGGCGGCUGGGCAUAGUGCUUACCACAUUAUCCCUUCACAUGUCGAGGUCACAGAAACAAGUGAACUCUACUUCCUUUGCUUCACGGGCUGUUAGGUUUUAAAGGAAGCUUUACUACUACCUCUAUUUACCACCUAUAUUACACCUAUAUUAAUAUAUUUCAUCAUUAUUUCUGCAGUUUAUUUUAUGAUAUAUAUAACAUUUGACAUGUCUAAUGAUCUCUUACAAAAUAUCCCAGCCAUCUAACAACGAAUAAUUAUUAUCUUUAUAGUAAUUGACAAGGCCCAUGUAAUAGUCUAUAUAAAAAUUUCCAGCAAAUUUUUUUUAUUAAAUCAAGCUUUUUGUAGUAGUUAUAGAGUAAAUAUACUUGCAUUUAUCUAUGUUUUUAUGUAUUAUUUUAUGAUUUUACAUAAUGAAAAAUUCUCAACACAUUUAUCUUUUUCAUUUAUAAUCUCAUGAAUAAAAAAAUUUAUAUUUUUUAA